CAAAUAAAAACUACAAACACUGGGGAUGGAGAUACAUCUGAUAACAUGAAGAGUCAAGUGCAUGUAAAUGAGGUCAACUCAAGAGGCAAGGUGUGGUCAGUGGGUGUGGCCAUGCAAAUCUGAGGGGCAAACUGACCAAUGGUUGGAAACAGGAAGUGGGUGUGGUCUUUUCAAAGGCUGCAAACAUUUAAACAAAUCAGGAACUGAAAUCAGAUGAGACAGGAACUGCACUGGGAAAACAAGAUUUAUACAAAGUUGAAGAGUUUUUUUUUGGUCAAACAAAACCUGCUUUUUCACCUUUGAAUGUUCUAGAACUUUAGGACAGAACCACAACUGACAAUGUGUCUGUUUACAAUGGAGGGAGCAGGAGUGUGGCUCAGGUGGUCACUGCUUGAAGGAGAAGGACUUUCACCGGAACAGGAACAGGAAAUGACUCCAAUACAAAUGGAUUAAUGGAACAAAUUGAUUAAUGGAAAUAUCCCAGAACACAUACUGAACAACAUCCACCAUCAGAGGGGAGCAGCGCUUGGACCGGCUGGAGUAGCUCAUCAUCGCUAGGCCAUCGCAGCUACUGUGCCAAUUAUACCUCCUCCGCAUCGAAGCCUCCCCCUGCUCACCAGCCACCCCGUCAUCCAGCUUUAAUGUCAACUCUCCGGCUCCAAAGUGAAGGAAAUUUACCCAGCGCCUAGUCUCUGAUGAGGAGGGAAGAAGAAGAGCAACACAGCAAAAUGCAGAGCUUGACUCUUUUUCAAAGCGUGUGUUCAUUUCAGUGGUGAACUCCACGGUGAGGACUGGUGUGGAGAAAUCCCCUCUGGGUUUUGACAUCUCAGAUUUCCUGCCCUGUUUUCCUGCCCUCCUCGUUGUUUUUUUUUGUUCUUCUGGCCUGGUACUUUUUGGAGGCAGCUCAGGCGAUGAUGGGUUGGAGCUGCUGCUCAGCCGUACGCAGAGCCCUGAUUCUUCUGGCGUUUCUCGUCUUCCCCCUGUGUGGAAGGGGCUGCUGGGGCCUGGAUCCCAGCUCUGGGGAUCUGAAGAAGUCUCCACACUCUGAUCCAGACCCCUGGGAGGUCCUGCAGCGGCACAAACGCAGCUGGGUGUGGAACCAGUUCUUUGCACUGGAGGAGUGCACAGGAAACGACCCGCUCUACGUCGGGAAGCUACACUCAGACUUGGAUAAAGGCGACGGCAAAGUGAAGUAUGUGUUAACAGGCGAGGGCGCCACCUCCAUCUUCACCAUCGAUGAAAACACCGGAGACAUCCAUGCUACAAAGAGGCUUGAUAGAGAAGAACAAGCGUACUACACCCUGCAAGCUCAGGCUGUGGACAGGCUCACUAAUAUACCAGUGGAACCCAGGUCUGAGUUUGUGGUCAAGGUCCAGGACAUUAAUGACAACGAGCCAAAGUUUAACGAUGGACCGUACUUGGCUGGAGUACCUGAGAUGUCACCAUUAGGAACCAUGGUAGUGCAAGUGGCAGCCACGGAUGCUGAUGACCCCACGUAUGGGAACAGUGCCAGGGUGGUUUACAGCAUCAUCCACGGACAGCCCUACUUCUCUGUGGAGCCCAAAACAGGUGUCAUCAGGACAGCUUUGCCCAACAUGGACCGUGAGACCAGGGACCAGUAUGUUCUUGUCAUCCAGGCCAAAGACAUGGUUGGCCAGAUGGGCGGCCUGUCGGGCACCACCUCCGUCACCGUCAUGCUCACCGACGUCAACGACAACCCGCCUCGAUUCAUUCACAAGAGUUAUCAGUUCUCGGUGCCGGAGUCACUGCCGCUCCAGUCUGUGGUGGCCAGAAUUAAAGCGGCCGAUGCUGAUAUCGGUACCAACGCGGAGAUGGACUACAGGAUCAUGGACGGAGACGGGCCCGGCAUGUUCAACAUAACAACGGACGAAGAUACACAGGAAGGCGUGAUCCUUCUGCUGAAGCCUUUGGACUUUGAAACAAAGAGCAGCUUUGCCCUGAGAAUCGAGGUCACCAACAGGAAUAUCGACUCCAACUUCCUGAGCUUGGGUCCGUUUAGCGACACCACGUCAGUCAAAGUGACGGUGGAAGACAUGAAUGAGCCGCCAAUCUUCUCCUCGCCACUCAGCAAGAUGGUUGUCUCAGAAGAUGCCAGAGUGGGCACCUCAAUCGGGAGGGUGUCUGCUCACGACCCGGACGUCACCAACAGCAACAUCAGAUACUCCAUAGACAGGAACACGGACCUGGAGCGUUUCUUCAACGUGGAUGCACUUAGUGGAAUCAUCAGCACUGCAAAACCUCUGGACCGGGAGGCCAACUCCAUCCAUAACCUCACCAUCUUUGCCAUCGAGAGCCAGGAUCCAACCCAAAUCGGAAAAGGCAUCGUUCUAAUAACAGUUACGGAUAUUAAUGACAACGCACCGGUCUUCGCCAUCGACUACGAAACGCUGCUCUGUGAAAAUGCCAGACCAGGACAGGUGAUCCAGACCAUCAGUGCCGUGGAUAAGGACGAACCACUCAGCGGUCACGGCUUCUACUUUUCUCUGGCUGCACCUGUUGCUGGAAACCACAACUUCACCCUGCGAGACAACAAAGACAACACCGCCUCCAUAUUGACAAAGCGGGGCGGAUUCAAGAGACGAGAGCAGCCCGUGUACCAGCUGCCGGUGUUGAUCGUGGACAGUGGGAGCCCGGCCCUCAGCAGCACAAACACGCUGUCCGUACGGGUGUGCGACUGCGACUCGGACGGAGUGGCCUUGUCCUGCGGAGCAGUGGCGUACACGGCGACCGGCCUGAGCACGGGCGCCCUCUUGGCUAUUUUAGGCUGCAUCCUAACCCUCCUGGUAAUGGUUCUCCUCAUCGUGACUAUGCGUCGGAGGAGGAAGCAGCCUCUGAUCCUGGAGGAGGAACGGGACAUCAGGGAGAAUAUUGUCCGUUACGACGAUGAGGGCGGAGGAGAGGAAGACACGGAGGCCUUCGACAUGGUCACCCUGCGCAACCUGAACGUCAUCAGGGACCCCAACGUGCGGCGAGACGUCACUCCCGACACGCCUACUUUCUUUCAUUACCCAUCAGCCCCUCGUCCGUCCUACAAAUCGCUGCCGGACAAUGUGGUGUUCCGAGAGUUCAUUUGGGAGCGGCUGAAGGACGCCGACAUCGACCCGUCGGCACCGCCGUACGACUCCCUGCAGACGUACGCCUUCGGGGGCCGCGGUUCAGUAGCAGAGUCGUUGAGCUCGCUGGAGUCUCUAAGUACAGACUCGGACCAGAACUAUGACUACCUGAGCAACUGGGGACCACGCUUCAAAAAGCUGGCCGAUCUGUACGGUAACAGCGACGCUGCCAGCGUCUUCUCGUAGCCCACGAAGCGUCUCUGUUAGCCUUUAAAACAUGAGUAAUUUAUUGUCAGAGAAACGAGAUAUUUGUCGGCCUCAGUGCACCGGAGAGAAGAGAUUCAAAGACACAAAACACAGGGGAGACUGGAAGAUAAACUCUUUGACUUCAAAAGGGUUUUUUUCUUUUCUGUUUUUUUCCUCCUUUCAUUUCGAUUCUGUUUACCUCCUCCGUUGGAUUUUUCAGAUGCGUGCCAUGGUGAGGUUUGACUUCAAAAGCGGUUCCAGUGAAGGAGAAGGAAACCUUGUGUGAAAAAAGACAUUAAAGGUUCCAGAUUUUUUGGGCCAGAGUCCGAGUUCUGACUUCAGACUGCAAACACGUUGGAGUUAUUUAUAAGGCAGAGACACCGGUCCUUUCAUUCCAGCGAUGGGUUAAAAAGAUCCUAGCACUUUUUCUUUGUUUUUUUUACUUUGAUGCAUUUCUUCGCAACAGUAUCUUUGUGCGUUAAAAAAAAAAAAAA